AUGGCUCACGCACGAGUGAGCGGCAUGGACAAAACUGUGACGGCGAGGAGGAGCGUCAAAAGCGAGACCACUGGAAGCGGGAAUGAGGGCACGCAGGUGCAAGUGGGAGGUGGAAGCGGUGAUGGAACGGUGGAUGCGAGCGUGCAGGUGGCGACGCAGAUUACAGUCUCGGGCGUCAGCCUCCCCGUCAGCUUCGACGCCUCCUCAUGCUUCACCCUUCCACGGACGGGAGGGGACGUGCAGGUGUGGUGGCAUGGGCUUGCGAGCGGCAGCAAGGACAAAGGGGGUUCAAGUGAGAACGAAGCGGGCACGGAUGAUGGGGCGGGUGCGGCGUGCAAGCAGCUGCAGUUCUUUGCCAUCCCCAACUGCAAGGGCAAGGCGCUGGAUGAGGUGCUGAAGCCACAAUUCACCGGUCCACGCAAGUUAUCCAACGAGCCCAGGGAUGCGAGUGGAAAUCCAUCAUGUAGUUGUGCCGCUGGCUUCAAGCCCUCUUCUGACAAACUCUCUUGCAUUGACAACUGUGAUGCGGUGAAGUGUGGGCUUGGCGGCAACUGCACAAGAGAUGUGAGCGGAAAUCCAUCAUGUAGUUGCAACACUGGCUUCAAGCCCUCUUCUGACAAGCUCUCCUGCAUUGACACCUGUGCCACGGUGAAUUGUGGCCCUGGCGGCAACUGCACAAGAGAUACGAUGGGUAUUCCAUCAUGUAGUUGCAGCACUGGCUUCGUGCCAUCUUCUGAUAAGCUCUCUUGCAUUGAUAAGUGUGAUGCGGUGAAGUGUGGGCCUAGCGGUAACUGCACGAGGGAUGUGAGCGGAAAUCCAUCAUGUAGUUGCAGCACUGGCUUCAAACCCUCGUCUGACAAACUCUCAUGCAUUGACAAUUGUGAUGCAGUGCAGUGUGGGCCUGGCGGCAACUGCUCAAGGGAUUCGAGCGGAAAUCCAUCUUGUAGUUGCAGCAUUGGCUUCAAUCCCUCUUCUGACAAGCUCUCUUGCACUGACAACUGUGACGCGGUGAAGUGUGGGCCUGGUGGCAAAUGCACAAGGGAUGCAAAUGGAGAUCCAUCAUGUAGUUGCAUCACUGGCUUCAAGCAGUCUUUUGACAAGCUCUCUUGCAUUGACAAAUGUGCUGCAGUAAAUUGCGGGACUGGCAACAACUGCACGUGGGAUGCGAGUGGAAAUCCAACUUGUAGUUGCAGCACUGGCUUCUGGCGGUCUGGUGACAAGCUCUCUUGCAUUGACACCUGUGUUGUGGCGAAGUGUGGGAGUCGCGGCAACUGUACGAAGGAUGCAAGCGGAAAUCCAUCCUGUAGUUGCAACACUGGCUUCAUUCAGUCCCGUGACAAGCUCUCAUGCAUUAACACCUGUGAUUUCGUAAAUUGUGGGCCUCGUGGCAACUGCACAAUGGAUGCGAGAGGAAAUCCAUCAUGUAGUUGCGGCAUUGGCUUCAAGCCGUUUGCUUCCAUCGCUUGUAUUGACAACUGUGCUACAGUAAAUUGCGGAACUGGCAACAAAUGUGUGAAGGAUGCAAACGGAAAUCCAUCGUGUAGUUGCAGCAGGGGCCUCAAACCAUCUUCUGAUAGGCUCUCGUGCAUUGACAGCUGUGAUGCGAUUAAUUGUGGGUCUGGCGGCAACUGCACAAAGGAUGCUAGCGGAAAUCUAUCAUGUAGUUGCAGCACUGGCUUCAAACCGUCUUCUGACAAGCUAUCAUGCAUUGACAACUGUGAUACGGUGAAUUGCGGGGCCGGCAACAACUGCACGAAGGAUGCGAGCGGAAAUCCAUCGUGUAGUUGCAGAAUUGGCUUCAAGCCAUCUUCUGAUAAGCUAUCUUGCAUUGACAACUGUGCUACGGUGAAUUGUGGGCCUGACAACAAGUGUUUGAAAGAUGCAAACGGGGAUCCAUUCUGUAGGUGCUACGAUGGCUUCGAGCCCUCUUCUGACAAGCUCUCCUGCAUUGACAUGCUUUGCCCCAGAUAUUUUCUUUGUGAACCAGAUGGGGUUUGUGUGAAGUAUGGAACAAAUCGCAGAUGCAAAUGGAACUCACCUUGUGGCACGUGUCCCUCUGGAGCCACCUGCAAAACCAUCCGUUCAAUUGUUGGAGACGGGGCGGAUGUGCCAUACUGCGAGUGCCCUGCGGGCUUUGGGAUGACCCCAACGGGAUGCAUCCAGGGUUCACCUGACCAAGUGGUGGCCAUGAGUAUCACAGUUAUCAAGGAAAUCAACUCUAAUACCUGGACGUCCAGGCCCUACACCUUCCGCCUACAAGAUGGCUGCACUCAAUUCCCAACGGAGGGCUACAGGACUCAGUAUUCAGUGAACAACAUCAAUGGCGUUAGGGGCUGUCGUGGGGUCAAAUUCUUCACAACGGAUGACUGCGACUCAAGCACAAGUGUGGAGAUUGGAAAUAAUGCAUCCAGUGCAUCAAAUUAUGCGAUGGCAAAUAUGCAGGUGCGACAGACCUACCGCUCCGUCUGGUGCUCUAGCUAA